CCGCGCCGGGCGCCGCUCGGGCCGGCCGCACGUUGUCCCAGGCCGCAUGAGCGCGCCGGCGUGCUAGCGCAGCGUGCGCGGGUGUGGUAUGCCCGCGCGUCGCCGCUAUGGCCCCUAUGUUGGCGGCCUUGGCGCUGCUGGCUUUGCUGCCCGUAUCGGAGCAAGGUCCUCACGAGAAGCGACUCCUGAACGCGCUGCUGGCCAACUACAACACGCUGGAGCGACCGGUGGCCAAUGAGAGCGAACCCCUAGAGGUCAGGUUCGGGCUGACGCUGCAGCAGAUCAUUGACGUGGACGAGAAGAAUCAACUACUUAUAACCAAUAUAUGGCUGUCGUUGGAGUGGAAUGACUACAACCUGAGGUGGAACGACAGCGAGUAUGGCGGGGUCAAGGACCUCAGGAUCACGCCCAACAAGUUGUGGAAGCCGGACGUCCUUAUGUAUAAUAGUGCUGACGAGGGUUUUGACGGGACAUACCAGACCAACGUGGUGGUCAGAAACAACGGCAGUUGCCUGUACGUGCCUCCUGGCAUAUUCAAGAGCACAUGCAAGAUAGACAUCACGUGGUUUCCCUUCGACGACCAACACUGUGAUAUGAAGUUUGGUAGCUGGACGUAUGACGGCAAUCAGUUGGAUCUGGUGCUAAAAGAUGAGGCGGGCGGGGAUCUGUCGGACUUCAUAACAAAUGGGGAGUGGUAUCUUAUAGGAAUGCCAGGCAAAAAGAACACGAUAACAUACGCGUGCUGCCCCGAGCCCUACGUGGACGUCACCUUCACCAUCAUGAUACGAAGACGGACCCUGUACUACUUCUUCAACCUCAUCGUCCCGUGCGUGCUCAUCUCAUCGAUGGCACUCCUCGGGUUCACACUGCCACCGGACUCCGGAGAGAAACUCACACUUGGAGUCACUAUUCUUCUCUCGCUGACGGUGUUCCUCAACCUGGUAGCCGAGACCCUGCCACAGGUCUCCGACGCUAUCCCCCUGUUAGGUGUUACAAUCCUCCUGUCGCAAACUGUUUUCUCUCUAUUGGUGGGACACGUCAUCACAAAAACCUCUGAGGCGAUCCCCCUAAUAGGAACAUACUUCAAUUGCAUCAUGUUCAUGGUAGCGUCGUCUGUGGUACUGACGGUCGUGGUACUCAACUAUCAUCAUCGAACCGCUGAUAUACACGAGAUGCCGCAGUGGAUAAAAUCCGUAUUUCUACAAUGGUUGCCAUGGAUACUGCGCAUGUCGAGGCCAGGGAAGAAGAUAACAAGAAAGACUAUAAUGAUGAACACCAGGAUGAGAGAGCUGGAACUUAAGGAGAGGUCUUCCAAGUCCUUGUUGGCGAAUGUUCUGGACAUCGAUGAUGAUUUCAGACACGGCCCUCCGCCUCCUAACAGUACUGCCUCGACCGGGAAUUUGGGACCAGGGUGCUCAAUAUUCCGCACGGAUUUCCGUCGGUCGUUCGUCCGUCCGUCCACCAUGGAAGACGUGGGCGGGGGUCUGGGCAGCCACCAUCGGGAACUGCACCUCAUACUGAGAGAGCUGCAGUUCAUCACGGCCAGGAUGAAGAAGGCUGAUGAGGAAGCAGAGCUGAUCAGCGACUGGAAGUUUGCUGCGAUGGUUGUUGAUAGGUUUUGCCUGUUCGUGUUCACACUUUUCACAAUCAUCGCGACAGUAGCUGUCCUGUUAUCGGCACCGCAUAUCAUCGUGCAAUGAACCAACCACUAGCCGGCAACUCCGGCGCAUGAAUGAGAGAAAUAAUUAUUAGAACGCCGAUUUGUAAUUAUAAUUGAUAAUGUAAUUAAAUUAAAUACGUGGUUGAAACGCACACGUCUCCAUAACAAAGUCUUAAGACAUUAAAUUAUGAUAAAUUUACAUAUUGUAGUUAAGUCGAGUGGUAAUGGAAAUUUUAGCCGGCGCAAGGAGUUUCGUGAAGGUCUGUAUAUAUUUUUUCUUAUUGUUGUAUAUUGUAUCGUUGUUCUAAUGUUUUCUUUCAGGAUGUGACUUUUGAAAUGAUUGUUUCUUCGAUGGCAGAUACACUUCAGUUUAGGCUGAAAUUUCCAUUAGCAUUUAUUUAAACAAAUGUGAUGUUGACUAGGAUGUUAUACAGAUAAAUGUUGACGUGUAUAAUUUGUUAAAAUAAACAAUAUUAAUUACUAUAGCUAAACGAUAUUAUAAACGAAGUACUAACGAGGGUUACUUUAACGGAACGCUAAGCUGGCACAGAGUUGCAUUAAUUUGAAAAAAGAAAUUACGAAAAAAAGUUUAUUGAAAAUGGAACUUUUUGGACGGAAAGUAAGGUUUGAUCAAAAAAGUUUGUAAAACAAAAGUUCGGUUCUGCGCUAAUACUGGAAUUAAAAUUCUCGUAAAUAUUAGGGAAAAGGAGGUCCUUUAAAACAAAAGAUUUGAACCGGCAUCCUUUUUACAAGUAAUGAGGGAACACAGAUGAUGACAAAAAACCUUAGGGUAUUAAGUAAUGUACAUAAUGGAUCAAAUAUCGGUAGCGUCAAGAAUAGUUAACGAUUUAAGAUUAUUCCAUUCGAUAUUAAAAUUCGAUUAGCGAUUGUCGCUGCGUCUACUUUGAUACAUAUCGAUUUGAAUCGAUAUUGUAUACAUUUAGAUAGAUCGGAACAUUAGUAAUGAGUAUGGACGUAAAUUUGUUAUUAUUAAAGAAUGUACUACGAAGAUUAAAUCCAGGAAUUGUUAAACAGUUAUGGAAUUGAUAAGAAAUCAACAAUUAAUACGGAACCAAAGGUAGACUAGGUGUAGCAUCAGGAGGUUGAAUUAAAACAUAAAUUAGGACCGACUUAAAAGGAACUUGCGAGUGUAUUGAUAACUUUUUAAUUUUAAAACUCAUUGUCGAUUAAACGGAGGAUAACUGUUGAUCUCUCGUAUCGAUAAAUGCUCACUAAACGUAAUGUAAUGUUAUACUGUUAGUAUAUCGAUAUGGGAGUAAGUCAUUAGCAUCAGAAAUAGUCAUUAAUUAGGAAUCGGUUUAUGUUAAUGUUAUGCUUAGCGAAAAUAUUACAAUGCUGUUGAUAUCACUAACCAUCACGUAACCAUAUUGAUAAAAUGUAAAUACAGAAUAUUGCGGUGUGUAUUUGUAUAUAAAUUUUAGAAAAAAAUCGGAAAAAAGACUAAAAUAUCGCAUUUUUCACUCUAUUAUUAUAACAACCAGUCUUAUUGGGCAGGAGUACACUAUUACUCGUAAGUACUAGAUAAUGUCUUUAUUGAUAUCACCUCGAUAGGUAAAGUAUUAUCUGAUUAAUUUCAAUAGUAGAUCGAUUGGAGGCGAUCAGAAUUUUUUCGCGCCCAAUAAGACGUCAACAUGUCGCUCUGACGAAUAUUCAAUUGAAAAAGUUUUUUCAUUGAAAUUGGUUGUAAUCGAUUUAAUUCGUCAAGUGUCUACUCGAUUAGAACCUUUUAGCACAUACUGUAGCAUCUAUAUAAUAGUCGUAUUAUUUAAAAAUAAACAAUUUAAAGUCUUUAUCUAUGUCCGUUCCUCAAUUUCACUCUUAUAGAUGUCGUGAUAGCCUAGUGAAUGUCGUGUCCCUUGAUUUAAGCUAAACUUAUAAUGGAAUAACUAUUCAUAAGGAAGCUCACUAAACUUUAGAUAUAAAAUUUUACGCAAUCUGAGUGUUUUUGCAUAUUAUUUGUUUUUAUCCUUUUUCGAUAGGUAAAAAAGACGUAACAAAUGUAUUUAACAAGUUGUACUUUUUUCUCGAUGUCUGGAUCCUUAAGAUAAAAGGAAUUGGAGAGAUUACGUCUCUAGAGAGAAGUACAGCUUGUGCGUAAAUUGUAUUUGCCAGAAUUGUAUUAUUAAAACCUAAUUAUGUUAAUCGUUCCUGAGAUUGAUUAUAAACGUUGUCGUUUAGCAGAAUUUAUUUCCAACAGUGUGGUGCUGAAGUAUAUCAUGUGGCAGUUUCUUUACUA